AGUCAUCGCUUUAAUGAGGUUUCACCAAGCCGAUGCGCGGAGUGCAGCGCUGUUUUCUUGUUUCGCUUCGUCUUUCUCCUUCGGCCCGUAAUCGACUUACGCCUGCGCACGCAAGGCUGACGUACGACUCGCGGACGUCGGGUGCCGCGCCGGUGUCGCAGUUCAAUCGCCGCGACGAGUCGCACUGCGUGCACCCGCCGUGCGCGGCUACUCGAGCGAGCACAGCGCGCGUGCAGCACUCGCGAGCAGACGGCAUCGCGGCUCGGCUGGUUGACGCGCCACCGACGGCGUCGAGGAGCAGCUCCAUGAGCGCGCCACUGCCGUCCACUUUCACAGCGGGCACUUGGUCGAGCGCUGGUGUCCCAUGGCAGCAUGAUGCGGGCUCGCGGAGACAUUUGGAGGGAGCCACCGAGCCAGCGCUGCUGCUGCUACUGACACGCGCUGCGGAGGCGGGACCCCGUGCCAGCUGGUCACAUCAAUCUUUUGCCACCAUCAUGGAGCAAAACAACACGUUAUCAGUCAUCAUGUUCAUGGCCAUGUUUGGUGGCAGCACAUUCCUGUUGUUCCUAUUGUGCUACUGCUGUCAACGCAAAAUGAGAGAAAACGCAUUCGCAACUUUGGACAAUGCUGUGAUCAUCCACCACCCACAGGCAUCAACAAACCCUGCACCACAGGCAACUCAAAUAAUACUAAGUGGGCCACCUCCAAACUACGAUGCUGUUGUCAAGAAAAAUCCAGCAGAUCUGGAACCACCUCCAUAUGAAGUUGCUGUGGCAAGUCUUCAAGCUAGCGGCUAUGUCUGAGCAGUGCAUUGCCAGCUUAUUUAUUCCAUCCUUCAGCGGCACUGUGGGCACGUGUCCUAAUGACCUAACGCAGGCCUUGCAAAGUUAAUCAAAUAACUGAAGGCUGAACUGUGCAUACUACCAGACCUACAAGGUGUGUGCUUACACUGUCUGAAGCUUAUUUAUUUACCCCCACCAUCAUCAGCCAGUCAUAAUCACCACAAUAAAGGUUUUAAAGACAGUG